AUGGCAAAUCUGACAGGAAAUUCUUUAAAAGAAACUACUGACGGUUUUAUUCACUAUGCAAAUGGUUUAAUCGAAAUUGGUUUACACACAUCAGCCGUUGUUAAAUCACAAGAAUUAAUAAAUAAUGAAGAAUAUGAUGUAAUUAUUAUUGGUGCGGGAUUUGCUGGUCUUAUUGCUGCACGUGAACUUAGUCUUCGUGGACGAAAAGUAUUAAUUAUUGAAGCAAAAAAUAGAAUUGGUGGUCGAACAUUUACUACUCAACUCGAAAAUCAAAACUUUGAAAUUGGUGGUACAUGGAUUCAUUGGAGUCAACCACAUGUAUGGACAGAAAUCACACGUUAUGGACUUUCAUUAACUGAAUCAAAAGGUACAACAGCUAAUCGUAUGAGUAUAUUACUUGAUAAUGGUACUAAAUUAAAAGAAGUGCAAACGACUGAUUAUUGGUUAGCAAUGGCUAAAGCAAUGGAAAAAUAUAGUGAUGUUGAUGGAGUUCAAGGACGUACAGUUAUGCCAUUACCACAUACACCUUUUACUUCUAAUGAAGCUGUACAAAUGUAUGAUCAAUUAUCUAUGCAAGAUCGACUCAAUCAAGUUUUAAAUUUGCUUGAUAAUAAUGAAGAAAUACGUCAAAUGUUAUUAUCAUUACUUUCAAUGAAUAUGCAAGGUGAUAUUGCACAAGGAGGAUUUAUUGAUCAUCUUCGUUGGUGGGCACUUGGAGAUUAUGAUAUGAAUCGAAUGUUUGAAAAACUUGGUCGAUAUAAAAUAAAAGAAGGAACAAGUACAUUAGCACAAGCUAUAUUAAAUGAUUGUCAAAAAGUCACAUUAUUAUUAUCAACUGCUGUUGAAUCUAUUGAUCGCACUAGUGGAAAUAGUGUUAUUAUUCGUAUACAUACAGGUGAAUUAAUAAUUGGUCGAACAGCAAUUGUAACUGUUCCUUUGAAUGCAUUACAUAAAAUAGAAUUUUUUCCACCUCUUGAAUUACAAAAACAACAAGCUGUAACCGUAGGCCAAUGUCGAGGUGGAACUAAAUUUUGGGUCAAAUUAGAAAAGUCCAUUGGUAAUUGGUUUGGUUUUGCCCCAUAUCCAAAUCCAAUUACUAUGGCUUAUACAGAUGAUCAAGAUGGAUCUGUUAUUGUAGGAUUUGGACCUAAUGGAUUAUUAGAUAUUCAGAAUAUUAACGUCGUAGAAAAAGAAUUAAAUAAAUUACUUCCAAAUGUAAAAGUUAAAUAUGUUUUAGGACAUGAUUGGCGAAAUGAUCCGUUCGUAUUGAGUACAUGGUCUUGGUAUAAACCAGGUCAAAUGUCUUUAAGUCUUAGAGCACUUCAAAAAUCAGAACCACCUGUAUUCUUUGCUAGUGGUGAUAUAUCUGAUGGUUGGCGAGGAUUUAUUGAUGGUGCACUCGAAAGUGGUCUUAAAAGUGUUAGAAAUGUUCAACAAUAUCUUACCACACGUUUUCAUUAA